AACGGGUAUCAGAUAGUCGGGGAACUCGACUAUAGCGUUCUCUCUUGUUAUAUUACCUAUUUAGGCUGUGAAACAAGUCAGUCGGCAGAUGAAUUGUAAUCCGCUUUCAUGAUUCUAUUUAUUGCUUAAUUAAAUGCAGCAUACGGGGAAGUACAUUAUACGCUUUGAAGAUAAGGUAUCUGAUUCAGAAAAUAUAGAUUGCAACCUAAGAUAGUGAAAGAUGACCCCUUCAAAUCAACACCAUAUGCACCACAUCUAAACCUUCUCCCAUCAGAAGAUGACAGUCCGAGCUAACUGCUAAAUGCUUGUAGACAACUCCUAUGAUUAUCAGCGACCGGCCAGACCAAACGUAGCCAGACUUGGCAUACUCUUGCAAUGGGAGUGCUCCGUCCACAGACAGCACCCAUGCCAUAUCAACCAUAGCAGCUGGCACAACUGGGCCAUAAACUAUAACUACGAGUAUAAGUAUAUACUAUAUAGCCUCGCAAUCCGCCGAGAGAGCCGUGUUAUGAAGUGCGGAUCGAGAGAUCGUGCUUAUCGGCGGGUAUUAUGCCAAAACCGUGAUAAUGUUCUCCACCGGAGCGCAGAAGCAACAACAAUGCAAAUAUAUUCAUUGAGGGGAACAAUAAAAUUUUAUUGACCACAAAUCGAACCAGAUUGUGGAGUGGGUCGGCACAAAAACAAACAGGCAAGCAAACAAACGAACACCUAAAGACCUGUUUCGGCUUUUUUGGGGUGGUUCUUGAAGGCCGCGUUCUGGUUUUGUAUUAAAGUGCCCCCCAAGCUAGCUUUAGGCUCAGUCUUCUUAAGCCAAGAUGCGGAUGCUAAACUAUCUGAACUAUAUUUGUAUCGCAGUGAUUGGUUUCGCGACCUGUGAGGUUUCGCGACAAAAGCUUGAGGAAAUUGCAAUUGAGAGUUUGGAUUGCCGCGAAAAUACGUGCACGAAUUUGAAAUACCCUUUGGCUGCAGAAGUGGCCUACUUCUCAGAAAAAGUGACUAAACAUUUGAGGAACUACGAAUCUCUCAUUCUUCAUAGUUCCCAUUUGGCCAAUUUGCCGAGAAAACUCUUUCUAAAACUUCCUCAACUUGUGGCAUUCCAUGUAUUGGAGUGCGAGCUUCAACAAGUUGAUCGAGAAUGUUUUGAGGGUGCCAAAAACUUGAGAAGAUUGAAUUUUGGGGGAAAUGCCCUCCGAGUUCUGGAUAGCAACACUUUUGAAUUGGCCACCCAACUGGAGGAACUCAACUUAUCAGACAAUCAAAUAGAGGAUCUGCCCACCACCAUAUUUCGGCCCCUAAAGAACCUUCAAAGGAUCAACUUAUCUAACAAUCGGUUGAUGACUAUAUCCCAGUACAUCUUCUCACAACUAGGAUCUCUUAAUUCCAUAAAUCUGGACAGUAAUCAGUUGAGUGAACUGCCUGACGAACUUUUCAGAGAUCAGCGAAAACAUUUGUCAGAUUUUUCAGCCAGAAACAAUCAACUCGAGCGGAUUCCUUUUAAUAUGUUUAGUAAGAUUGCUCAUCUCUCGCUCUCAUUCAAUCGCCAACUCAGAAGUCUUCAUCUAUCAGCUGAAAUCAAUGAGCUGGAGGCCACCAAUUGUGGUCUCGAAUCAGUGAAGUUGGAUGGACGGGUGGUUGGUGUCCAACUGGAGACUAACCUGAAUCUGAAUGAGUUGAAGAUUUCCCAGCCCCAGGAUCUCGAGCAUCUCUAUCUGUACAAACUUGACUUCCUGUCGAAGGCCACUAAACUAGUUGACUUGGAUGUAACGGGCAUUGUAAAUCUUGCGGACUUGCCAAAAAUUACCUCAGCCAAGGGAUUGGAAAGAUUGAGCUUUACCUACGACAACUUGACUUCGGAUCACAUGGAGAUGCUGCCGCAUCUGAAGGAUCUCAACUAUUUGGAGAUCAGCCACGAAGAGGGAAGGGAGAUCUUUAUUAAGGAUCUGGACGAGGACUUCUUUGUUGAGGAAUCGGAACUUAACUGCGGUCAGUUGGCGGAUCUGUUGGAGUUCGAACUGCCCAAGGAUACAGCCAUCUUGGAAGAUCGACUAGUUGGAGAUCCUCGGGGGCCAAUGAGAUGUGGAAUGUCAUAGAGUUUAAGGUUUUCAAGGGAAAAUAGUUUUAAAUGCGCAGUUAAUUAUGAAAAAAGUAUAUAACUGCGUAAAUCUUUUAUAAAAAGGAAAAUGGUUCAAUUUGCCAUUUCUUUGUUUGACUUAUAUUUUCAUACAACUACAACCACUUGCCACUACUUAAGGGACAAUAGAACAAGUACUCAUAAUUCAUCUUCAUUAAAAUUAAUUAAAAAGUGUAAAUUCUGCAUACUGUUUACAAAUCAUUAAUCAGCGCCUUACAAAAAGAGAUAUUUUUGCUUUAACUUUUACGCCUGUCUUUGCAAUUGUUUUCGGUUUACAGGCAUUGCAACCAUUGUUUAAAACCGAUUUGUCAAUUCACAAACACUUGUGAUCGCUGAUCUCGAACUUCAAUAGCUGGUUUAGCGUUUUUUAAUUGGUGUCAGUGGAGCGCACAGAUCUUGUCAUCUGCGAUCUGCGAUCUAUGAUCAGCGGUCAGCGAUCAUCGAUUAGCGAUCACUCGAUUGGCCACCGACCAGUUUCCCAGACGAAGGUGCUUAUAUCUGUCUCAAUUUAUUAGCUCAUGUUGGACUACACAGGUGCAGUGGACUACGACUAUGGUGCAGAGAUCGCUGGAGAUCGUCAUUUGAGGGAUUAGUAGCGCUCCCGGUGCUCCAUUUUGAGAUGGGGAGCUGGAUGGGUGGCGGGAUUCGUGCCGGGAAUUAGAGUAUUGGGCACCUGAACAGGGUGCGCAGUAGUAGAUUGCUUUGGAUUCGCUGGAGGCAAGGGCUCCUUUGUGCUGGCCACAUCGUCUACCUUGUUGUUCUCCUUGAGGAUACUGGUUAUGUCCAAACUGUCGGACUUGUGGUAGAAAAGGUAGGCGGAAAACAUGAGGCCAACCAGGGAGAAAGUUAUUAGGGACCAGCGCAAGACAGAGUUGAUUUUGAGGCCC